CGAGGAACGUAAAAUUUACUGUAUAUCUAGAUUCUUCUCGCAUUGUUGUUAGUGGUUGGUUGUAGAUUUUUCUCACCUGUGAGUACGUUCUCCAUCUCCAAGUGGACCGACGGCAAGCCAAGGUGUACUGAAGCACGACCACACAUUACUGUUUAUCAAUCUCGGUCUCUGAUUUCCUGGUGAUGAAGAUUUUAAGGGAGAAUGCUGGUCCACUUACCAAUUUUGAAGUUCUUGACUUUCUACGGUCUAGAGGGGCUGCGAAGGAUUCUACUCGAGUUCUUGCUAACGUAGCACCUUCUGAGUACAAGGUAUAUGAUUAUUUGGUUCAAACUGCUGCUUGUAAGCAAACUAGCGAGAAUAUCAAUGAAUUCUCAGAAAGGUGUAAAAAGUAUGACCUUGCGAAGGCUGAGGUUCUAAAUAUCAUCAACAUUAGGCCGACUUCUGCAGUUUGGAUUUAUCCGAUUAUAGAGCAAUGUGGCGAUCGUUUUGGAGAUGUGGAAGAGCUAAUAGAGUUGGUAAAAAUGGUGUUGCCCCCGCGUCCAACCGAACCUGAAUCUGAAGGAGGGAAACCUGAAGAAGGAAUUGAUGAGCAGGUUGUGCAAACUGCUUCAUGAUAAGUUGGGUGAAGAAUUUAGGAUAUUCAGUUGGUAGCAAUUAGUAAUCAAUUAGAAACUGUGCAGUGUACGAAGUUUAUAAAUUAUUCAAAAGGAAAUGCCAGAGGUUAAUUGUCUAAUUCGCACCAUUCUACAAAUCUGGAAGUUUGAUUGCCUGGCAGACCUAAACCUGUUUGACAUCAGAAAUGGUAUUUGAAUUUGAAUAACCAGCUCUACUCAAAUGGUA